AGGGAGGGAGACGACAAUAAUCAAAUAUAUGGGAGCCAAAUUUCCUUGGGUCUGCAGGAGCAUCCUGCAAAAAAAAAAAAAAAAAAAAAAAAAAAAAAAAAAAAACGGGGCCUCUCCCGAUUCCACAGCCACACAUGGGCAUCGAUAUACGACUGAUGUAGCCCCAUUUAUUUUUCAAACCACGGAGUAGAUCUAAGAAACGUAGAGUCCUAUUCCUGUGUAUUGAUAUAUUUAUGUUAACUGCAGCAGGAAUCAAGUUUAUUUGGUGUAUUUGUUUAGAAUGGAACACGCUGAAGCAGGCCCUGUAAGAAAAAGGGAAACUUAAGGAUGCUGGAGCAGAACAAUGGAUUUCUCCUUCUCUUUCAUGCAAGGGAUCAUGGGAAACACAAUUCAGCAACCCCCUCAGCUUAUUGACUCCGCUAACAUCAGACAGGAGGAUGUCUAUGAAGCCAUCAGUGACCCAGGAGAUGAUGGAGGACAGCAAAACUUUGAGUCUCCUUUGGAGUCAGGCUUUCCUUACCCUGCUGAAGACCUCCCAGUCAUUACAAACGGCUACCCGACCGGCGUAGGUACCUAUGAGCAACAUGCCAAGUUUUCCUUGUACUCACAGUUCCCCAAUGGCUCAGCUAAUGGCUACGGAGCCAUACGAAACUAUGGGGAUCACGGGUUGUUGCUUGGUGAGGGUACAGUAUUGAGACCUCCAGUGGUCCAUGAGAAGCCUCCAAGCCACAUCUCACCUCCACCUCAUCCCCAUCAUCACCACCAGCCUCAUCAUCCUCCUCACCAUCACCACCAUCAUCAGCAACAGCAACACCAACAUCAUCCACAUAACCCAUCACUGUUACCUCACCACCAUCACCCGCCUCCUGCCUCUCACCUAAUGCCUCAAGUCUUACCACCUCCUCCUCCAUUGCUCUUGCCCUCUUCGCCACCCCUCCUGUCACCUCAAGAUAGCACCGUCUCUAACCCCAUUGCGCAAUCCACCAACACUCCCAAAAAGACCAGCUCCCCAGAGAUCAAAAUAAAGAUCAUUAAGACCUACCAGAAUGGCAGGGAGCUGUUCGAAUCCUCACUGUGCGGGGAUCUCCUGCAAGAGUUUCAGGCCGGUGAGCCUUCCAGGAGAAGACAUGAGCAGAAGAAGGAAAAGAGGAAAAAGAGAAGCAGCAGACAUGGUGCCGGUCAAGAAGAGGAUAGCCAGCAGCCAUGCAGAGGCAUGGAGGAGUGCUCAGGGGUGGUUCACAACUCCACACAACCCAACGAAGGUCAUAUUGCAUUCAGAGAAGAGCAACCUUCUUCAGCCCUUAAAACCCCCAAAGCUGAACUGAAGGAACAGAUAGUUGAAAAGCACUUUCCUUCGGUCAUCACUAGCACUGGCUCUUGUCAAGAGUAUGAGAUCGGUGACUUGGUGUGGGCUAAGGUUGGGACGUAUCCUUGGUGGCCGUGCAUGGUGUCAUCAGACCCUCAGUCAAAUGUUCAUAUACGUCUUAAUAAAAGAGGUGUUAAGGAAUACCACGUGCAGUUCUUUGGCAGUGUCCCUGAGAGGGCCUGGAUCCAUGAGAAGAGAAUUGUGGUGUACAAGGGUGAGAGCCAGUUCGAUGAGUUGCAAGCAGAAACACUCCGGAAAGCAACCAACCCAACCGAGAAACAAAAGUUGCUGAAGCCUCAGUCCCAGAAGGAGCGUGCCCAAUGGGAAGUGGGUGUGGGUCACGCAGAAGCUGCUCUGCAGAUGACACGAGAAGAACGCAAUGAGAACUAUACCUUCAUCUACAUUGACAAGGAUCCUAGUUCUGCUGCUCCUGCUGCCGACACUGUGUCCCCACCUAGGGUGACUGCUAAAAACUGUCCCGAACGCAAGCAGAGACGCUCUAAAGGCAGUGCUGGAGUGAAAGAAGAGCCCAUACCUCGUCGCCAGCAGCCACGGAGGCAGUGCAGCAUCAAUAGUAGUGGGGAAACAUCAUCUCCCAAUCAGGGAGAGGAUGAUAUGGACCAAGAGCAACCCUGCAGCCCUGCAAAACCUGACCCCCAUCCGAAGGAACCCUCUCCACCUCCAGUCAGGACGCCCUGGAAGACCGCCGCAGCCCGCAAGCUCCUCCCACUCUCCAUUACUAUGAAGAAACUCAACGUGGAAAUCAUCAAAUGUGACUGGCAGCUCCCAAAGCAAAAGCUGGACUUACCUGAGAAGACGGAGAGUGAGGAGACGCCCAGCGAACAGGUUCAGUCACCUGAGGACUCCAGUGAUAAGGCAGAGGCAGAGACAUGUUCCAGUGAAGAAGAGCGAGCUGCGUCUCCCUCAGCCUGGAGUGACCAGGAAAGCACAGAGCAAACCACAGAGAGAAAGCAGCAGCGGCGAUCUGUACGAAGCCGCUCUGAGUCAGAGAAGACUGUGGAACCAGUGCCAAAAAAGAAAGUGAAGAAAGAACAGGCUGAAGCAGCACCUCAGAUGGAUUUCAAAACAGGGUCGCAAAAAGGUGCCAGUGAGAUCUCCGACUCAUGUAAGCCACUGAAGAAACGCAGCAGGGCAUCUACUGAUGUGGAGAUGGCCAGCUCACUGUACAGAGACACUUCUGACUCUGACUCCAGAGGUCUCAAUGAUCCACAGACUGGAUUCGGGAAGCGCUCGGACAGUCCGGCUGCAGUGGAUGCUGACGGAUCUGAUGCACAGUCCGUGGACUCCAGCCUGUCUCGUCAAGGAGGAAGUUCCUCAAAAAAGGACACAGUCUGUCACGUCUGCGAAACAUUCGGGGAUUCUCUGGUGAGCUGUGAGGGAGACUGUAACAGACUGUUUCAUCCCGAGUGUAUUGGAUCUAACAGUGGAACAGAGGGAGAACUCCUUUGUCAGGAGUGUAAGACAGGUUCCCACCCUUGUUUCUCCUGCAAGGUCAUGGAGGGUGAUAUGAAGCGGUGCUCAGUGAAUGGCUGUGGCCGGUAUUACCACGAAACCUGUGCCCGCAAGUUCCCCGGCACCAACACCGACACUAGAGGCCUCCGCUGCCCUCAGCACAGCUGUGCCACAUGCUGUCUCGACAGAGACCUUCACAAAGCGUGCAAAGGCCGCAUGAUGCGUUGCAUCCGCUGUCCGGUGGCGUAUCACACAGGAGACGGUUGUGUGGCGGCUGGCAGUCUGUUGAUAACACCCCACAUCAUCAUAUGUAGCAACCACUCCAGUGCCAGGAGGAACGGACACUGUUCCUCACCUGUAAACGUAGGCUGGUGUUUCAUCUGCGCUCGAGGGCUUUUAGUGCACGACCAUACUGACACCAUAUUAAGUUCAUAUACCUUUAAGUCGCACUACCUUCUGACUGAGUCAAAUCGUGCUGAGUUGAUGAAAUUACCUAUGAUUCCUUCUUCUUCGUCAGCUACCAAAAAGAAUAUUGGGAAAGGAGGAAGACUGUUGUGUUGCGAGGCCUGUCCCGCCUCGUUCCACCCCGAGUGCUUGCACAUGGAGAUGCCAGAGGGGACAUGGCUGUGUGGGGAAUGCAGAGCGGGCAGGAAGCCCCACUAUAAGCAGAUAGUCUGGGUCAAGCUGGGCAAUUACAGGUGGUGGCCAGCCGAGAUAUGCAACCCUCGUCUGGUUCCCUCCAACAUCCAGAGCCUGAAGCAUGACGUUGGCGACUUUCCAGUCUUUUUCUUUGGCUCCCAUGACUAUUACUGGAUAAACCAGGGAAGAGUUUUCCCAUAUGUUGAGAGUGAUAGGAACUUUGCAGAGGGACAAGUUGGCGUCAAUAAGACAUUUAAAAAAGCCCUUGAGGAGGCAGCUAAAAGGUUCCAGGAGCUAAAAGCACAGCGAGAAACUAAGGAGGCCCUCGAACAGGAGCGCAACUCUCGGAGACCUCCACCAUACAAACUUAUCAAGUCCAAUAAGCCAGUUGGGAAGGUGCAGGUGCACGUCGCUGACCUCUCAGAGAUCCCCCGAUGUAACUGUAAACCCACAGAUGAGCGUCCGUGCAGCCAGGACUCUCAGUGCCUGAACCGCAUGCUGCAGUAUGAAUGCCACCCGCAGGUCUGUCCCGCAGGGGACCGCUGUCACAACCAGUGCUUCUCCAAACGCCUCUACCCCGACACUGAGGUCAUUAAGACCAGCGGCCGAGGAUGGGGUCUAAUGACCAAGCAGGACCUUAAAAAGGGUGACUUUGUCAUCGAGUAUGUCGGCGAACUGAUCGACUCCGAAGAGUGCAAGCAACGAAUAAGACAUGCCAAUGAGAAUCAUGUGACCAACUUUUACAUGCUGACCCUCACAAAGGACCGUGUGAUUGAUGCUGGACCCAAAGGGAACUUGUCACGCUUUAUGAACCACAGCUGCAGUCCUAACUGUGAGACUCAGAAGUGGACUGUGAAUGGAGAUGUGCGGAUAGGGCUCUUUACCCUGUGUGAUAUCGCUGCAGACACUGAGCUGACCUUUAAUUACAACCUGGACUGUCUGGGUAAUGGGAGGACAUCAUGCCACUGUGGGUCCGAGAACUGCAGUGGUUUUCUUGGAGUCAAGCCCAAGAGUGCAGUGGUUAUGGAGAGAGAAGAGAAGGUGCGCAACGCCAAGCUCAAGCCCAAGAAGCGCAAGCUGAAGACAGAGAGCAAACAGACCCACGAGUAUUACUGCUACAGCUGUGGAGAGGGAGGAGAGCUGGUCAUGUGCGACAAAAAUGAUUGUCCGAAGGCCUACCAUCUCCUCUGCCUCAACCUGACCAAACCUCCAUACGGGCGAUGGGAAUGCCCCUGGCAUCAGUGCAGCGUAUGUCAGCGCAAUGCCACCUCCUUCUGCCACUUCUGCCCCGCCUCCUUCUGUCGAGCGCAUGAGAGAGGACAGCUGGUAGUGUCUGCCCUCGACAACCAGCCCUGCUGCUCAAACCACGACCCCCAGAGACCCUUAGGGCCUCAGGCUAGCCCUAGCCAGGUCCCUGUAAAGAAGGAAGUCCUAGAACCCGGAGAGGAGGGUGACGGCAAUGAGGAGGAAGAGGACGACAACGAAGAGGACGAGGGAGAAUGAUUGGGCCAAAGCACAGAGGAAGCAUUGAAAACAACAUCAAAGUGCAUGAAACUUCAAACUACAACAAACCGUAGAGUAGAUACAUGCAGCUAGGUGGACUUUAUAAACUGGUUUGAUUCAUUCCAAAUCUACAGCAGCUGGUAUGAAUUUUUCCAACAUACGACCUCAUGACAAAUUCAUACAGGCUUAUUUAACAAUGUAAGCUACUCAUUUCUGGUUUUAUAAGCAAAGUUUCACAGCUAAUUCUCACUGUUUUCCAGACGUGCACCAUUUAGGCAAAAACCUCUGUUACAAACAAUGCCUUUCAGCGGCAAAGUUGGUUCUCACAUCUAUGGUACUCAAAAACACUCCAUAAACACUUUAAACCAAGAACUUUAUGUACCUCAUGUAAAUAGCAAAGACUGUUGAAAUAUGCGUCGGGCCUCACCGGUAGGAUUUCACUACAUUUCUGAACAUGAACCUGUCGUGGUAAUACCCCCAACACCCCCCCCCCCCCCCAAAAAAAAAACCCAGAGAGUAAUUCAAAACACAUACGAGGUUUGUUCAAAUGCCGCCCUAUUCCAGUGAAUUUGUGAUUUGUAAGAUAUAUAAUCAUUAAUAUAUUUAUGUCAAUGUUUACAUCCAUUCACAAUGUACAGUAUUAUUCGUCUGUAUUAGUCAAUUUGAUAUCACUAAUUGUAUUGUAAAUGUGCCCUUUUUGUCAGCAAAACUGCAUUAUUGCUUGGCCGAUACUGUAUUGCCGUCAUCUUUCGGUCCUUCGAGUGACAACGCAGCAUAAUUCAGAAUUAUAAGUGUUAGAAAUAACUAUCAGUCACCCGAGAAGAUCAGUUCUGACGUGUACAAACGAUAGCGUUUGAUGGUGUAGAGUUAAGCCACAUAAUCUCCAACACUGCCAUGUGUCUUAAACAAAUAUUUACCAUUGUGAGUAUCGAACAGGUGCCAGUGUGUAUAUCAACUAAGAGAAAUCCAUAUCAUGUUUCUGAGCAGGGCUUGUUGGGAGACUGCCAGUACGAUCUUUAAUCAACGUGGUUUUUCUUUUUUUCUCAAUCUUUUUCUGUUUACGAAUUGUUUACGAGUGUAAAAAUAAUCAGUUUUCUUUUAUGUUUUGUUUUCAGUAGUUGAGAUUCAUAUUGCUGUACAGUCGAGACUCAUUUUAAAGGUAUCAAUUGUACCUUAACCUGCACACUUUGGUUUAUCUCCUUUACGAUUGGUUACGUUCGGUUGUAUUAACACGUGUUUCUUCGCUAAAACCGAACUGUCAUGUAACGUGGGAGGGCUGUAUGAUUUACGGCAGAGUGUAGCAUAAUCCCUCUCUGUGACUGUACUUGAUGUGAAUCUACUUAACUCCGUAGCGCUGAUGCCUGUGCUGUAAAGUGAAGCUGUUACUCUCUUGUUACUGGUAGCUGUGCGGCCGUGCACGGAUGAAGAAUCGAUCUCGACGCCUUCGGCACAUGGGCUUUGUAUACAUACUUAUUAGUCAUUUCACAUUACGUUUUUAUAGACCACAGUACAAGUAUUAUGGCACCACCAGUAUGUUUGUCACUUUAUGGAAAGGAGGGAAAGUGCUGCAAGUUUUCAUUUUACUUGAAUCUUGUCCAUUUUGCCUUUGUUAAAGUCUGUAUUUGUUUUUGUCUCGCAAUGGAGUGUUAUUUGUGGAUGUCUGUAUGGAUUCUUGCAUCCGACGGCAAAUUUAAGGAAUUCUGACGAUUUGACUGCCAAACUGAGAUUUGUAUGUUUAUGAAAAUACUGUAUGCUGUUACUUGCAUCUGCAUCUUUGAAAACAUGGAAGGCAUUUUGGGUCUCUUUUGUAUAGAAGCCUGUUUCUGUCAUAGAAUAAAACGUUUAACUGUGACUUUUUAUCUCAUAGUUUGGAAUGUUGUUUAUUAGUUUAUUAGUUUAUAAGUAUGACUUUUUUUUUUUUUUUAACAAAGUCAGAAUUAUAAGAUUUAAAAAAAAUCACAAUUACCUUUUUUAUUUUAUUGUUCUGUGGCAGAAAAAGGUUUAUGUAAUUUUGUGUUUAUGUUCCGAUAUGUUAUAUUUUUAUAGUUUACAUUUAUUUUUAUAUAGCUUCCUUUUAUUUUUUUUUAGAAGUUGUAGGCACUUUUGUUCCUGAAUCGCCAAUGUUUGCCCUAAUGUUUAUAAUGUAAAAUAUCAAGAAAAUGCAUUUGGCAGAAUGCAAAGCACGUUUUGCCUGGUCUCUGUCAGUACUAUAAUUUUUUACUUAUUCUAUCAUUUGUAUUUUCUUUAUUUGGCCUUCAUUUACAUGUUUAAUCAGAUACAGAUGAUCACUAGGAAUUACCAAUGACCUUUUCUGGAAUGGCUUGUUUGAACCCCCGUGGAAAUUUCAUUUUCUUAAGCGACAUUUGUUUAUGCAGUGGUUCAAUCACUGAUCUGACUGUGAUGGAUUUGUUGCUAUAUCGAUUAAGCCACAUCAGAUGUUAAAAGUGUAUUACCUCCAUUGAUUCCAGUGUUUGGUGUCAGUGCACUGUACUUUGUGUACAUUUUUUGUGUAUUUGAAGGUGUUAUUCUCAUUUUGUGCUAUCCGAGCAUGUUCUUUGUGUUGCUUAACUAAAUUUACUAAAGGUGGUGUCCUACCAGCUUACACUUUGAUUUCUGUGUAUUGAUUUCACAUUCCUGUUUACUAAUUCUUGCUACUGAGUUACAGAGUUUGUGUAAAGAUUAAUGUGAUAUUGUAAAAUUUUUCACCAUGCACAUUGAAUCACAUCACACACUCCAACUGAAUAAAACAUAUCCUAAAUGAUA